AUGAAGGUAAAGCUUGCGGCGACCAGCUCGCAGGAGAAGUCAGAUGAAAAGACUGAUAUAACGCCCCUGAAAGAUUUUGACUGGCAGAAUAUCGAUCCUGCCAAGCAUCGACCAUUCAAACCAGUCUAUCACAUCACCAUGGCCAUCCAAGCGAGCCCGCCUGAAGACCUCAUCAUAAUAGAUAACAACUACCUUGACCGCGUGACCGAGCGUCGUCAACUCCUGGAGAAGCAUACGUCAACGGUAGCGGGGGCUGUGCCUGAAGGCAUACCUGCUCUCCACGAAACCUGGACGCAUUUGCUGUCAGAGUAUCUGCCGAAGCGGUAUCCAACCAUGUUCUCCCUGUCCGAGGACAAGACUGAGUUCCACAACCACGUUACCAAGACAUCACUACCGCUCACGCCGCCAGAGGACCCCCUGGUUGCGCUCAAAGCUAUUGGAGAGACCGUGGAAGACGACGUAUUUUUGCUGGUAGAGACACCAGAUGGUCAUCGUGCUGUGGCGUUCGUCUGCUGCCAUCCUGCUGGAUUCGAUCCCUCCGAUAAGCUAGGGAAGCUGAUGAAGGAUAUUCACACGCCGGUGCCAUCCUACGACAAAAUUGGCGCAAGCAUGGAGCGUUUCUUCUGUCGAUUGCAAGUUGGGAAGAGCUUCAAGCGGAUGAACUGGUCUGUUUCGACCCAUGAGAACCUCUUCAGCCCGGGCAACUUGCACAUCUAUGAGGGUGACAAGACGGAAGAGGAUGAGGAUGUCGAUAUCACAAAGGCUCGUUUGCGCCAAGAACUACAGACCUUGACCAGACUUCCCAAGACGGGAGCGAUCAUGUUCUCUUUCAAGACGUACCUCACGCCCAUAGAAGAGGUGAAGAAGGAGGGGUUCGGGCUCGUGCUCGCGGAUGCUAUAGAAGGCCUGAAGACGGGUAAUGCGCCUGGCAUGUGGGUAUACAAGGGGGCGUCGCGUUGGGGCAAAAGCGUCUGUGAGUACCUUCGGUCAUGA